AUUAAAAAAAAUUUAAAUCAUGCUGAAAAAACAGUAUUGUACUCCUGGGCCAAAAUAUAGCUGUCCAACAACUAUAGGAUAUGAGAAAACUGAUGUAAGGUUGCCACGUGCCCCUGCUUUUUCAUUAGGCCAACGUAUACAAUCAAACAGUGCAACAUAUCGCAGUCAGCUAGUGCCUGGGCCCAAAUAUGAUUUGAGUAAUGUUACUCGAUAUGGAUGUAUAGCCACACCAGCUGCAUUUUUGGUAUCUCGAAUCAAAGAACCAAAACGAAAUAUACCUACACCAAGUCCUGCUUCUUAUAAUAUCCCACCUUCAGUGCCAGCAAAGCCGGCAUUUACCUUAGGGUUAGUGACAACAAAAUUUUUAAUAUCAUAAUAAAUGGUUUGUACUUGAUUAUCUUAGUAUUACUACACGUUAUUUUCAAUGUUAGUUUCUUGAUAUUAAAUAUUAAAAUUAGAAAAUUUAUCUUGUUAUCAAUUAAUUAGAUUUAAAAGAGAAUCUCGGAAA